AUGUCGCCGAGAAGAUCGGGCAUAUCCCGUAUAUGGAAACUCUUCUCUCCAGUUGAAAAACGCAACAUUCUUGUUUAUGUUGUUGGUAUUAUGUUAUAUAAAUUCGGUCUUGAAGCUUUCAAUGGUUCAAUAGUAACAUUAGCAGCGAAUCGAUAUGAUCAAGAAGCAUAUCAUAGUAAUUCGACGAUACGAACAUUUGAACGAGUUGGGUUAAUAUCUGGACUUAAUCAAGCGUUUCAGUGCAUUGGUUCCAUUCUUAUUGCACCAUUAGCAAAACGUUGGCCAACGCGAACAGUUCUCUCGGUUUCGAUCUUCGUUUUUGCAAUUUUCAGUGCCAUCUUAAUGAUCGUUGAUGCAGCUACAGGUGGUUACAUACGGCCGAAAGACUUCGUUCCAAUGGACGAACACGACUUUCGAUAUUAUGGAAAGUACAACACCAACGGAAUCAUACCUAUUUACUGUAUAACAGGAAUAGCAUUUGGUAUGGUUGAAUUAAUCCGACGAGUUAUCCCUCGAGAUAUCGUAGGCGAUCAUCCGGAAAAACUACAGAAAAUGGAUGCUCUUGUUCAUAUUUUCUAUGAAAUAGCAGGUGUUAGCGGAGCUUUCGCUACGGGUCUCGGCUUGAUACCUCGUUUGGGGAACAACUACUCAUUUAUUAUCACUCCGAUAUUAUUCAUAUUAGCGGCUAUUGUUUGGCUAUUUAUUAGUUCGGUUGGUUUAGCUGUUGACAACACAGGAACUGAUGAGAUGACACCUGUCGCCGAUAAUAUCGAAUCAGGCUAUUUGAAAUCGAUCGUGAACGGUUUCGUUCUUUUCGUUCAGUCGUUUUGUAUUGGAGCGAAGAUUAUUUUCACACAUCGAAAAUUUAUCUGGAUCUGGAGUUGUUAUGCAUUGACUUUAUAUGCGCAUCGCUAUCUUGAAAAUGGCAUUGCUCCACAAAUAGCCAAACGUUAUCUCGAACAGUCCGAAUGGUCGCAAAUUAUCGUCGGUGCAUCGAAUUUCGGUGAAUUACUCGGUGCUGUAUUUGUUUUUAUAUUUGGAAAUUUCAUCAAAACUCCUCUUCCAUGGUCUCGAUUAGAUGCAAUAAUCAUUCUUCUCGUUUGGUACAUUCCUUUCUAUUAUCCAAUUGCGAAUAAUGUGAAAUAUGCUUGGAUUAUUGCCGCAACUUACAUUCCAAUUGGAUUUGGUUCUGCUGCCGAUGACAUUGCAUUAAAUUCAUUUAUCCAAUCAUCCUUAAGCGGAUUAGAAUCUAAACAUAAGAAUAUUUCAGCAUUAGGUGCUGUAGCAUCAUUUCUCUAUUCCUCCUAUAUCAUUAUUUAUGCUAUUCUAAAUCCAACUUUGGGACUUUAUAUCGAUCGUGUCUAUGAUAGAACGGAUUCUGUUCGAUCAGCAUUUCUUUAUACAGUUGCUGUACAAAUGACAAUUAUCUCUGUAAUAGUACUUGUAUCCACAUUAAUACCAAAAGGUGCAUUGGCUUGCAAUCCAACAUUGAUUCCAGACGAGGAUUUGGAUAUCAUCAGUACUUCAAAAGAAUCCUCGAUUGAAACCAAUGAUCGUGGACACAUUCUGAAAAGAAAAAAUCAGCAGAAAGUCUCGCCUGAAUUAGUUACACAUUUUUGA